ACGCCGCCUGCCAUUGAAGCUCAUAGAAGAAGAUUGCGCGACGUCACGCACCCGGAAGUUAUGUUCAUUCAUUCUACCGGUUUCUAUCUGUGGUUUCUGUUCAAGUUGCACCGCAUCCCAUGGUAGGGCUCGUUACUGGACGCACGAGAGAUGUUGCUGCUGGUGCUGGGUGCCCUCCUCCUGCUCUUCUGCACACUGGAUGUAUGGUACUUCCUGCGGGGGGCCCAGGUGUUCUUUGAGGCGUGGUUCCUACCCAGAAUAUGGGACUUGUUGGCCGAGCAAAGCAUUGACGGCAUGGUCCUCCCCCAUGAUUUGGACUACAUGGGCCACAUGAACAACUCUCGAUAUCUAAGAGAGUGUGACUUUGCCCGCUUCCACCAUUACAUGCGAAACGGGCUCUUCAUGGCCUCGCGCAAACUGGGGGCCAGAUUGGUGGUAGGGGCCUCCACCAUCCGGUACCGGCGCUCGCUGGCCUUCCGUGAGGCUUUUGAGAUUCGGACCAAAAUAUUGGGAUGGGAUGAGAAGGCGUUUUACUUGGAGCAGCGCUUUGUGUCCAAGAGAGAUGGUUUUGUCUCUGCGAUCAUGCUCUGCAGGCAGAAUGUGGUGCACUGCAGCCCGGAGACUAUUAUCGAGUUUGUCUGCAAAAGGAAGAUCGAGUGCCCCGAAUUUCCCGAGGACCUCAAACACUGGAUCAGCUUCAUCUCAGCCAGCAGCCAGGCUCUGAGAGCAGAGAGCGGCCUGGAAGGGAAGAACAAGUGAAGCCCCACACCAUGACACCAUGUAUCAUGAGUGUACACCCACAUAUCAUUUGCAUUGCACGCACAUAUACAGUACACAUACAAGCACACAGACCGUUAAACGUCGUAGAGUUUUGAGUUGAUUCACAAGAUUCCAUUUGUCUCUGUUUCGGGGUCGAUCCCUCCUGCUGUGUAUUUUUGUAUGAUGUGAACAGAAGUACUGAACUUACGAAAACUUGAACUGUAGGGUAUUCCAUAUUUUAAAAUGCACUGUAUGCAUUGGGAUCAUAUUGAAAGUUCUUUGAGAACAUAGUGACACAAGAACGUAGCUUUAUCCUCAUAGCGCACAGACCGGCUUUAGACAUCUUCAUUCUCAUUUUUAGCAGAAAUCCUCUAACGUCAGAUAAGCAUGUCAAGCAAAAGUUAAUCUUCCACUGACAUCAAUGCAUGUUUUAGAACACACAGAAGAUUUCUUUUGUGCCUGUUUCUCUUGAUUAGCCGUAGUUUCAGAGCAUUAUAACUUUUUACAAGAAAAAAAAACGUAGAUGUGAUGAAAUGCUUGAAUGGACGUCAUGAACAUUUUGCACAAAGUAUCCCAAGUGAGUAGACAAACUUAAUUCUUGUUAACAAUCUGAAAGGGACUAUUUGAUUUCGAAGGAUACUUUUAAUCAGUCCAGUAUUGUUUUUACAGACUGUAUGACUCAUGCAUUUAAAGGGUGGGCUUCUUGAUUGGAGUUGCAUGUCACUGUGAGAGAAACUGCUCGGAUACAAGUUAAUAGGCAUAAUAAGCAAAUGCUGAUACGAGGUUGCUGGCAACUUUUCCAAACCUGCAAUGCAAGAGAAACGUUAAUGUGAGGACGAUGUUUGGCUUGUUAAAUCUUGAAGCCUCCCUUUAAUGCAUCAAAGCUUUAUUUUGUGACCAAAGUAUUGUAUUGUUCUGUAUGAAGAGGAGACAAAAUCAUUUUUAAAGAUGUAUGUCUAACCUGUUAUUUAUGUUGCUGAUGCACUGAAAAUCCUGUUUAAUUUAUUUAAGUCUGAAGAUAUUCACUGUCCUUUUCUUUUCCACUUGUAUUAUUUAAUAUCCAUUGAAAUGGAUUGAUGUACUAAACUCCAUGUAUUGUGUUUGUUAAUUAUUUAGAGAAUUUUAAAUUAAAAAAUGCAGUGGAAACUAUGUUUGGGUCACACUGGGCUUGCCUUUAAAAUGGUUGUUAUUCAGCAAUAACCUGAGCUACUAGGGUACUGUCGGGUGUGGUUCUAUAUUAAAGACCAGUAUUUAUACCUGAUUAAGUAUUUAACUCGGUAAUGCCACUGGUUAUGUGUGUUUGACCAGUCCAGUCAGUAUGUAAUGUGUUCCAGGAUCUCAGCAGAAUGAAGUUGAUGUUUACUCUCUACAAACAGUUAAACUCUUUAUGUAAGUCUGAAGUGUGUGUGUGUUCAACAAUUUGUUUUCUUUGUUGUUCAGAGUUGGUGAAACUGGAUCUCAUUGCCCUGUGACGUCCUUUUAGAUGAAGUUAACAAAAUAAAAAUAAAACUUUUGGGGCAUAUUACAUGGCUUUUGGCAGUGGUGGAAUGUGUAUAUGUAUUCAAGCACAAUUUUGAGGUACUUUCAAUUUCCUGCUAAUUUAUAUUGUAUGUCAACUUCACUCCCUUACAGAGGGAAAUAAUGUACGUUUUACUGCACAAUAUUUAUUUGACAGUUGUGUUUACGAUUUCCAAUUAAUAUUUAACAUUAAAAAUCAUCAUUAUAAAAUGUGGUUAUUGUAUCUGCCCUAAAGUACACUGAACUGUGACGGAUUAUAUGUAUGAAAUAUCAGUAAAUAGAAAUAUUCAAGUUAAGUACCUCAAAAUGUACAGUACUUGAGUAAAUGUACUAAUUACAA